AUGGCUUUUCGGUAUCCAGCUGGCUGCCGCCAGAUUUUGCGUGUAUUUAGAUCAGAUGACCCCCAAAAUCUGUGUAGAUGGCAUAGCACCAUUCUCCCAGGUAAAGAAAUAACCACUGGCGUCGACUGUGCUAUCAUGGCUUUCGCAAAUAGCAGCCUCUUCAUCGAGAGUCCACCGGGCGAGUAUACCCCAUUCGCCCCCAUCAAUGAAAUUCGAGGCCGCUUUGCAAAUGGCACUAAACUGCUUAUUGCAAUCGGAGGCUGGGGCGAUACCGCGGGAUUUUCUGCAGGUUCUAAAGAGGAUGCUGGUAGGAAGCAGUAUGCGAAAAACGUAGCGGAUAUGGUUAAUAAACAUGGUUUCGAUGGUGUUGAUAUCGACUGGGAAUACCCUGGGGGUAAUGGCCUAGACUACAAAGAGACUUCGAACUCAGCAAAAAAGAGCGAAAUUGACAAUUUCCCACUUUUCCUCAAGGAAAUAAGAAACGCUAUUGGCACGGAGAAACAACUCUCCAUUGCGGUGCCUGGCAGGAAGUCAGAUAUGAUUGCCUAUACUCCCGAAAACGGGCCGGCGAUCUGGGAGAGCGUAGAUUUUGUCAAUGUACUAUUUUCUAAUAAGCCAUCUACCCUUACUUCGUUUGAGAGAAUGCUCACCGUUUUGUUUAAGAUUAUGACUUACGACCUAAUCAAUCGCCGUGACAAUGUGACAGCCCACCAUACCAGCGUCAAGGGCUGCCUAGAGACAGUCCAGAACUACCUAGAUGUAAAGCUGCCUCCCGAGAAAAUCAACCUGGGCUUUGCUUUCUACGCGAAGUACUUCACGCUAGACCCCAAAGCAAACUGCACUUCAGAAAAGCCGGUUGGAUGUCCCAUAGUCCACGGUGAAUUCGAAAAUGGCACAGAUGCUGGCACUUCGGGCUCCGUUACGUUCGAGGUAGCCCAGAUAUCCCCGCCUCGUGCUCCCGUUGGAGUUUCGCCAAAUGCGACUUGUGGACCUCUCAAUGGGUUUCGAUGCGAGGAUGGGUUCUGCUGUAGUUCGGCUGGAUAUUGCGGCGAGACCCCCCAACACUGCAACAGCGGCUGUCAACCCAACUACGGAAAAUGCGACGGAGUAGAUACCGGCGGCUCGUUCCGACGCGCACGGACAAACGGGAUGACCGACAGGGAGCAAGGAGGACGGUACUAUGUAGACGAGCAGGCCAAGCUCUUUUGGACUUGGGAAACCACCGAUCUCAUCGCGAGGAAGUUUGAGCAGAUUGUAUGUGCGAAAAAGCUGGGUGGCGUGAUGGCGUGGGGGCUUGGUCUUGAUAGUUACGAUUGGAGUCAUCUUGAGGCGGUCGAGAAAGGGAUGGAGGGAUAUAAGGGGACGGCAGGUAAUAAGACGUCAUACCGGUAG